AGUCAGGUCGAACAGACAGAGGGAAACAACGAACGACUGAACAGCAGAGGAGACGUGAACCACAGCGACACUCAGCGACACUCAGGUGAACUGCUGUCAUUGACCCUUUACAUUAUUUUAUUUGUUUCUUCUUGUUAAACAGGGGUCCACGCCCCCCGGCGGCCGCUGAAGGUAGUACAGCAGGAGGAUGAGUCCUGUUUGGUUAUUGGUGGCUGUAACACUUUUGGGUGUGGCCACAGGAAAUCCAACUCAUCAGUGCUGGAGUCAUCCAAGCUGUGAGGAAAUCAACAAUGAGAGCAGCAUGAUGGACUGUGUUCGUCUGUGUCGCUCAGUCCUCGCUGCAGAAGAGACGGAUGUCCUAGAAGACAAUCAUGUCCAGACGCCUUCUCCCGUGUCUUCACUCCCUCUUUCUCCUCUCUCCUCCUCCUCCUUCUCCUCCUCUCCUCAGACCAAACGCUCCUACUCCAUGGAGCACUUCCGCUGGGGGAAGCCCGUGGGGAAAAAGCGUUACUCCGUCAAAGGUGAGAACUCAGUGGAGAAGGAAACCGCGGAGGUUUCCCCCGAAGAGCUGCAGAGGCGGGGCCUGGACCAGAAGGUGGCGUCCUUGUCCGGCAGUGUCCAGCAGAAAAAGGCUGGGACCUACAAGAUGACUCACUUCCGCUGGAGCGCUCCGCCAAACGAAGGCUACGGCGGCCUCACAGCCCCCGCAGACGGACGCAGCUAACGCUGCACCACGGAGGUCGGAGAUAAG